AUGUGGAUAGCGAAAAGGAUGGCGUCAACCAAUGUUGGGUCCUCGCCUGCUCUCACCUUUGAGCUCGUCGCUCGCUGUUCAACAACGAGAGCCCGCGCAUCCGUCCUGACGCUUCCCCAUGGCCAGGUCCAGCUUCCGAUAUUUAUGCCUGUCGCGACACAAGCUUCGCUUAAAGGCUUGACACCCGAGCAACUCGAAGAGACGGGCUGCCGUCUGUGCCUGAACAACACCUAUCAUCUCGGCCUGAAGCCUGGACAAGAUGUACUGGACAAAAUCGGUGGCGCGCACAAGCUCCAAGGAUGGAAACAUAAUCUCUUGACGGAUAGUGGAGGCUUCCAAAUGGUCAGUCUCCUCAAGUUGGCGAAAAUCACUGAGGAGGGUGUGCGCUUCCUCAGCCCCCAUGACGGUUCGCCCAUGCUUUUGACCCCAGAGCACUCCAUGUCUUUGCAGAAUUCUAUUGGAAGCGACAUCAUGAUGCAGCUCGACGACGUGCUCGUCACGACAUCGCCCGACGCAGCCCGUAUGCGCGAGGCCAUGGAGCGAAGUGUAAGAUGGUUGGAUCGCUGCAUCGCGGCACACAAGAACCCAAAGACCCAGAACCUAUUCUGUAUCAUCCAGGGCGGUCUUGACCUUGAAAUGCGACGGGAGUGCACAAGGGAGAUGUUGGCGCGCGAUACGCCGGGUAUCGCCAUCGGUGGUCUGAGUGGUGGCGAGGCUAAGACGGAUUACUGCCGUGUUGUCGAGACGUGUACCGAGCUUCUGCCGGAUCUCAAGCCUCGAUAUGUCAUGGGUAUCGGAUACCCCGAGGAUUUGGUUGUGAGCGUCGCCCUAGGAGCGGACAUGUUCGACUGUGUCUGGCCAACGCGAACGGCCCGGUUCGGCAACGCAAUCACGAAGCAUGGCGUCCUGAACAUCCGUAACUGGCGAUAUGAGAAUGACUACGGCCCUAUUGAGGAAGGAUGUGGCUGUAUCUGUUGCCGAAAGGGCGAGGGUGGUCUAGGUGUGACUAGGGCCUUCAUCAACCAUAAUGCGGGCAAGGAAACGGUCGCUGCUCACUUGCUGAGCAUACACAACGUCUGGUAUCAGCUGAACCUCAUGAGAGAAAUCCGGCAAGCUGUUAUUGAGGACAGGUACCCUGCCCUCAUUAGGCAGUUCUUCGGUGAUCUUUACGACUACGACAAGUCAAAGUAUCCAGAGUGGGCUGUUGAGUCUCUGAAGAGAGUAGGGGUCGAUUUAAUAAACGAGUAA